UCCCCUCGGGCAGUGUAUUGGUAUAGUUCCUUCGUAUAGUUCAUCGCCGACAGGGGUUCCCCACCGUAUGAAGGGCACUCCAGCUGUGACAGCACAAAAAGAGCGAACGCGGCAGAGAGAGACCUGAGUGAAAACUCACUUCUCUGUUUUGCCAACCGGAGAAGGAAGUAGACGACAGUGACCACUAGUCGUGGAGUACCAAGCACUUACUUCUGAUGUGCAACCAUACGGAACCUCUGCAAGCAGGGUUCUAUCUGUACACGGAGCGUUGAGGAAAGCAGCACCCAUGUCACGUGACCGCUGCCAUUUCGUCGAUGGACUGCGCAUCGUAAAGUCCUUCCCGGCCACCCAUGUGAGAGAAGUCUUCGCCUACAAGCCACGACCGGACGACAUCUUCAUCGUCACGUACCCAAAGUGCGGCACGACGUGGACUCAGCACAUUGUGUAUUACAUCUUGAACCACGGUGUCGCCCCUCAAAGCACGGAGGAGUUCUUAAAAAGGACGCCCUUCUUCGAACUCAGGGGCCGAGCUGCUGUCGACGACUUGGUCAGACCUGCCGCCAUCAAGACCCAUCUACCGUUCGACAGACAACCUUACUCUAAGGACGCCAAGUACAUCUACAUCGCCAGAAACCCCUUUGAUUGCUGCGUCUCCUUUUACCAUCACGUCAAGCUUUUUCCGAUCUACGAGUUUAACGGAACGUUCGAUGAAUUCUUCGAGGACUUCCUCAAUGGCGACGUUGACUACGGAGAGUACUUCGACCACUUGUUGUCCUGGUACUCGCACAGAAACGACCCUAACGUCCUGUUCUUCACGUACGAAGACCUGAAGAAGGAUGUCAGGAGCUGGAUUCUGAAGAUGGCAGAUUUUCUUGGGAAAGAGUACGGAGAAGAACUGCGGGAAGAUCCUCUGUUGCUCGAAAGGAUCGUAGAACGUACAUCUCUCGACGCCAUGCGGAAAGAAGUGAACCCAGCGAUGCAAAAACAAUUUCGCAGGUUUACGGACGUGCCCGCGGAGAAGUUGCCGCCCUGGGCGCAGCGUGUGGUGGAAAGUGGCGGAGAGCUGUUGAAGAAGCCCAUCACUGGAGACUUCGUACGGAAAGGACAAGUUGGAGAUUGGAGGAAUCUCUUUACGGCUGAGCAAGUGAAGAGGAUGAAAGAUUGGAUCGCAAAGAGGUCUGCCGGAAGUGACGUCAUGGAACUGUGGAGAGACAUCAGACUUGCGGAUUGAGCAAGAUGGUUGAGGCGUGGAGCGCACAAAAGGACAGAAGGGCAGCUGUGGUACCCGCGUGCAUGAUACUGAAUAUUGCAUGUUGUUCGUAUUAUAUUGAAGGAGCGGACAUGGAAUGGUGACUGCCGGAAGUGACGCCAUGAACCCCCCACAGAACGACACCGACUUCCGUGGCAAAAAGAGAUACGCGUACGGCCAGCAACGUUUUAUACGAUAGUCCUCGUUUCCAAUAGCGUUCUUUAUGCAAGUCACCCUUCAACCUUUAACUGCUCACAAACAGAAGGCACAACAGGAAGUUGUGUAGGGUUCGCAACGUCAGCGGCUCCAUGUGGCCAGUGAUUUAUCCAGACCCCUCUUACACCCCCCAAAUGUUCGGUGACAUCCCUCUAACUUUUUCAGCUGUGUACCCACUACAGGGGGGGGGCCCUGCGAUUUCGGCUUUAGACACAUGUCGGUAAUGAUAUGUUAAGGUGUAAUGACGUAUAGCUAUAAUAAUUACCCCUUCAAUUUUUUCCAACACUCCUCCGUGCUUGGGAUUUGGCGCCACGCCGUGUUAGUCAUUUGAGUUAAACCCUUGCACUAUUUGUAAACAGUGAAAGGCUUUAGUAACUGAUAUUCAGUGUCGCGGCGUGGCGCCACGUGCAGUUACUGACGCUGGGAACCCUAGACAGCUUCCGGUUGUGCCUUCAACCACGUCGAUGUGAUCUGUAUCGAGAACGUCGAAGCAAGAUGUUCAGUGUUUUCAGAUAACUCUGUUAGGAUCACCUUGUAAGUAUUCCAUAAACAUGACACACAUUCUUACGCAUCA